AUUCGUUCAUUUCUCAUGGCUUAAGGCUUAAAUCAUUUGUAGGCCGGGACUAAAAGGAACGUAAUCUACGUUGUAUGCUCUAUGCUCGAAUUUCAAUCCGUCAAAUUCGUAACGAACUUCAGAAACAGCGGAGUUUUAUGUGUAACGAACCACGAAGUGCGAAAGGUUUCAGUUAUAAUGUCAAAGACACAUAGUCCAACACACUUUAAUGGAGAAAUAGAUAACUUUUAUGAUCCAACCUUUCCUGCGGAUAUCAACACACGAAUGCAAGUUCCCAAGAGCAUUCGUGUAAACGGUGAUUACACAAACGAGGAUAUCGCCGUCACAAGUAGAGCCACGUGGAGUCAAAUACCUACUAUGGAAAAACUUGAAAUGCAUGUGCCAGAUAGGAUUCUUGUCGUUGGACAAGAACAACAUGUUGGUACUAAAGCACCACCACCUGAAAUUGUUUUAGAAAACGCUGUGAUGCGCACUGAACCUGCAAUAGUCAGAGUGCAGACACCUCCAAGAAUUUUGACUUUGGACAAUCACUACUUCCCAGCGGUGGAUGAAGAAGAUCCUCCAGCAGAUCACGAUGAGAUUGUUAAGGCAGUGGAUGUAACACCUAGAACAUAUAAUGUGGAAACGCAGAUAACAAGACACAGAGAACAAACGCCCUCGUUUAAUGCUCUCGACGUAUCUCUGCCACCCAGUGAAGAAGUUCAGCAUCUACGUCGCCAAGUAGGUAAAUUAAACCGCCGAGUGAUGGCACUUGAAUUAGACAUGUUACAUCGCCAACAGAGAGACAAAUUUCUGUAUAUCGCGACUAUAGCAUAUUUCAUUUUAAAAGCGUUCUCCUGGAUAACUAGAAAUUGAGCAGAUCGAUCAGAUAAAUAGAAAA